AUGACCCACCACUCGCCUGGAGUCCUACAUCACCUCUGCUACACCAGCCUGCUGCAGGGCGAGAAACCACACCCCCAAAAGGCCUUGAGGGCCUGCGGCGGGACCGUCCCGUUGAUUGGUUGUCCCGCAGGCCCAGGUCCAAACUCCAGCAGCAGCGGACCGGCAGCCGGGCUUGAGAGAAGCGUGGCUCGGCGGUACGUUUGCGUGCUGGCCCUGGCCGCUGUGCUGCUGCUAGGUAUCGCCGCCGUCUCCAGAUCAAACGGCGUGCGGGGCAACGAACGUCAGAGGGCAUCGCCAAUCCCUUCUCAGUUCAGCCAAGAGGAGCGCGUCGCGAUGAAGGAAGGGCUGAAAGGUGCUAUCCAGAUUCCAACAGUGUCUUUCAGCCCCAACAAGUUCAACACGACCGUGCUGGCUGAGUUUGGAGAACACCUUCGUAAAGUCUUUCCUACAGUUUUCAAAACCAGCUUUAUCCGGCAUGAGGUCGUGGGAGAGUACAGCCACCUGUUCACUGUCCACAGCUCAGAUGCCAGCUUGCAGCCCUCCCUGCUGCUGGCCCACACCGACGUGGUGCCUGCCGCUGGGGAAGGCUGGGAUGUGCCCCUGUUCUCUGGGUUGGAGCGUGAUGGCUUUAUCCAUGGUUGAGGCACACUGGACGACAAGAACUCUGUGUUGGCAAUCCUGCAGGCCUUGGAGCUCCUGCUGAUCAGAAACUACAUCCCCCGAAGAUCUUUCUUCAUUGCUCUGGGCCGUGAUGAAGAGGUAUCAGGGGCCAAAGGGGCUCAGAAGAUCUCAGCCCUGCUACAGGCAAGGGGCGUCCAGCUGGCCUUCAUCGUGGAUGAGGGUAGCUUCAUCGUAGAUGGUUUCAUUCCCAACCUCAAGAAGCCAUUUGCCAUGGUUGCCAUCUCAGAGAAGGGUGCAAUUAACCUCAUGCUGCAAGUAAACAUGACUCCAGGCCACUCUUCAGCUCCUCCAAAGGAGACGAGCAUUGGCAUCCUCGUAGCCGCUGUCAGCCGACUAGAGCAGAGACCAAUGCCAAACAUGUUUGGAAGCGGGCCAUUGAAGAUGACAUUGCAGCAACUGGCAAAUGAGUUUCCCUUCCCUAUCAAUAUAGUCCUGAGCAACCUGUGGCUAUUUCAGCCCCUUGUAAGCAGGUUAAUGGAGAGGAAUUACAUAACCAAUGCGCUGGUCAGGACCACCACAGCACUCACCAUGUUCAAUGCAGGGGUCAAGGUGAAUGUCAUCCCCUCAGUGGCCCAGGCUAUAUUCAACUUCCAGAUUCACCCUGCACGGACAGUCCAGGAGGUCCUAGAAUGCGUCAAGAACAUUGUGGCUGAUGACAGGGUCCAGUUCCACCUGCUGAGUGCCUUUGACCCCCUGCCUGUCAGCCCCUCUGAUGAUCAGGCCUUCAGCUACCAGCUGCUCCGCCACACCAUACAGUCCGCCUUCCCAGAAGUCCAUAUUGUUGCCCCAGGUAUUUGCAUUGGCAAUACAGACAGCAGACACUAUACAAAUCUUACAACUGGCAUCUACCAGUUCAACCCCCUCUACCUGCAGCCUCAGGACUUCCAUAGCAUCCACGGAAUCAACGAGAAAAUCUCAGUCCAAGCCUAUGAGACCCAGGUGAAAUUCAUCUUUGAGUUUAUCCAGAAUGCUGAGGCAGACUGGGGGCCAGUUCCUCACCUGCACGAACUGUGAGGUGGAGGAGCCAGCCGGAUUAGGGGUACCUGACGCUGGGCCAGGACCAACCAACGGGAAAGCCAAUGUCGAUGAAACUUUUGGUCAAAACCACAUCGUAAUACAUCGCCCACCUGCCUUGCUCGCUCCUGAACUCACCCAAGAACAAGGCCAGGGAGUAGGGGAGGGCCAGGAUAUUUCUUCUUGCUGUAACUUCCUUUCCCUUUUUUUCUCCUCUCUUCUUGGAUCAUUUAACUGGCUCUUCAUCUCUCCUCUCCUGCCCCUGCAUCCCUCCCUCUAUCCUCCGGUUUAUUCUACAUCUGGAGCAGGACCUAGGCAAACUGUGAUACUACUGUAAUUACCACAACUCUUGGCCAAAUAAUCUGUGCAGCAUCA